UCAGGCUGGGUCAAGUUCGGCGCUCAGGGGAAAGGGGAGGGUAUUACAGUGCUGCCGUUGUAGGCUUCCUCAUGACGACCCAACCGUGGUGCUUACUGAUGGAUUAACUCCUCGUAGCCUUGUGCGUGCAAACAGCGUUCAGGCAACGCCGCCGCUGUUGUGUUUUCAACAUUUCUCGAACACUUAUCCAUCCAGCAUGAUGAGACAAACAAGCUCGGAAUACCCCAAGCCCGCUCAGAUACACGUUUCGCCCGUUGCCUCGGGCUGGACUUUGAUGAACUUUCCUGCUCGUGCGCCGAUUCGGCCAGGCGUUCUUUCAGCUCCAGACGAGAAGAGAAGCCAGCCGCUGAAGAAUUCGACCGUCCUGAGCGACAUGUUUGCAGGGCAUGGGAUUUACUACAAAAUAUGGCCCAUCGGCUACGCGAUGGCUCUUUUAGGCAUGUUGCCGGUCACCUUCAGCCCAAUCCGCGUGUCUGCACACCCACUGCGCUCCACCCUCGUCUACUGCGUCGCUGUGACGGCGCUCGUGCUGUGGUCUGGCUUCCGCAUGGUGCAGGACCGCAUCGCCGUGCUCGCAGACUCAGGCCGUUCGCUCCAGGCGUACAUCCACUCCGUGCUGAGCAUAGUGAGCGCACUGGGCAUACUACUCCUGCCGUUGCUGUGGCUGGAAGUCGGCAACCUGUACCGCAACGAAGCCACCUGCGCGCAUCUAAUGGAAAGCUUCCCUUGCUCUCCGAAAUGCCGGUGGUCAGCAGUACUGUCUUGGAUAACAGUGGUGAACUGCGCUUUGCUGUCCCCCAUCUUCGCCCUCGCGUACGUCCAGGUCAUCGCCCGAGAGGGCGCUGCCGACUACCACUUCUUCAUCCACAACCACGUGUUCCUGCUCGUCUUCUGCGUCAGCGUCAUGUUCUGCGCGUUGUCUCACUCCGUCAAGAACUACGCCAAUAACCUGUGCAGUACUGUCACUGAGGUGCUGUCGCUUAAAUGCCCCAGUCCGAAACGACUGGUGUUGUGCCGCCGCGCUUGGCUGAGGCUUCGCGACCUGACGCAAGGCAUGGUCGUUAUGCCAUUCACUGCCAUGUUCCUGAUGUUGUUUGUCCUGCUCAUGACCACUUUGGGCUCGUACCUGUGUCUUCUUUGCCUCUUCGAAAGUCAGGUGGUGCGCGGAAUCUUCUUGCUUAUCCUUGGCCUUUACUUUAGUGGACUUCUUCUCCUUGUCUGCGACGCAGUUCAUCGGACCACAGCAGCGGUCGGGGACAAUUUUCUGAGGCCGCUGGAAUCAUUCUGCCGAGCCAACGAGAUUGGAGAUGCGGCAAUGGAAGAGGUCAACAUUUUUCGUGAAAUCGUGGCGUCCAAGGAAAUAUCCGUAUCAGCUGCUGGUUUUUGGGUCAUAAACAGGGGGACCCUGGGCUCUCUUGCGGCGGCGUCCGUCAGCUACCUCGUCAUCCUCAUUCAGUUCCGUCAGACAGAGAACACGGUAAACGACGCCAUGAACCAUACCCAAGACACAAUCAGCAUAGUUAAAUAAAAAAUCUCAGGAAAAAGAACAGCAAGAAAGUACUGUGUGCAAGUUCAAAGGACUCGAGUGAAGAAUACAGAUUCCGUACUGACAUUGAGAACGGGGCGUCCUGGGUGUACGGUACACUGUCGUACCAAAAUACACUGUAGUUUUUAAGUCGU